CGCACUAAACAGUCGACGGUCGUUGUCGAGUCGUGUGUGUUGUCUACAUCAUACACUCUUAUUUUAGUCGUUUUUAAUACCUUUGAUUCGUUCUAACGGCUGCUGGGUGGAGGCGGCGGCCGUGAGAUGGAGUUCUGUGUUGAGGAGGUGAAGUCGGACUGCGUGGAGCUGCUGAGCCGCUUCCAGACAUCCGACUCCGUCCGCUUCCAGACCUUCUCCAAAAUAUGGAGAGAAAUGAACUUCUCUGAAAUAUUUUACGGCACUGUGAACCACGGAGAGCAGCGAGCGUUCUGCCGUCUCAUUCUGGACACCACGUCCAGCUUCUUCAUGCCUCCGUACAGCUUCCAGAUCCGAGUGGGAGGACUUUACCUGCUGUACAGCUUGUAUCACAGUCAGACCAGCUCGCCCCCAGAGCAGAUCCGUCUGGCGCUGAAGGACUGGAAGGACGUGAAGAAGUUUGAGAAGGACGCUGUCGAUGCUCAGCACCACGACGUCGUUUACAUCCUCCGAAAGCUGAUGUUCCAAAAAGCUUUCGUCUUCGCUGCCAUGCCCGUUGCUCUGAGCUUCAAGAAGAAGAGGAAGUUGCAGAGAUCGGUUCCGUGCGAGCAGUUCAUGGAGCGGCCGUCUCGUCCACAGGAGCUCAUCAACAUCGACCUGCUGGAGGAAUUGUCCAACGUCGAGGAGAUCUACGGGAAGCUGAAGACGUCUGUGUCUUCGGCCUUAGAGCAGUCGGAGUCCUCCCUGAACCUGGUCUGUAAAAGCUUGGCCCCGCAGCUACGCAGCACUGUGGUGGAUUUCUACCAGUGGCAGCAGAGGAGGGGUGUUCCGAGGAAAGAUGACGGCGGUGGCGAGGGGACGUCGUCCCAGCAGGAGUGCUCCAAUAGAGCCCAGCUCCUCGCCUCCAUCAAAUCAAAGGCCUUUGGAGAAGCCACAGAGGCCCCCAAGUCGCGGCGCCAUCGUCAGGUGGAGGUGGAUUCCACGGGUAACUCGGCCGGACCCUCCAGCUCGUCGGGUUAUUCUAGAGCGAAGAAAAUGUCACUCAAAGCCAGAACCUAUCAGAACAUAUACGUCUCAGGUGACUCGUGGAAUGAAAGCCCGGAGACGACUUGCAUCCAUCGUCUCAGCGCGCUGGACUUUGGUCCUGAAGAGAAAAAAAAAAUGUACAACAAAUUCCACUGGUGAUGAAGACGGUUCGGACGUCCACCUGCAUCCUGAUGCACAUGAUGUGUUAUUGUUGUUUUUACAUUUCAUGAAGUUGUAACCUGUUCUUUUAAUGAGCUGUCUUCUUUACAGCCGCCCUUGUUGAAAAUGUUCUUUCCUGUAAGUCAGAGAUUAAAAUGCCUUUGACAGUAAAGAAAACAUGAUGUUAGUUUUGUCUCUUAACUUAGAGACAUUUCAUGUAAAUAACCAUGAAUUCAUUUCUGGGAAACUGUUGUAACUGGAUCUCUCUUCUCCAGCUUUCCUGGUGUUUUUGAAGAUUUUAGGAAGUUUCUCAGUUUUAUAUAAAAGUAUAUAAAAAAUGUA